AUGUUGCAUUCCCGUAGGAGAGCUGAGUUCAUGGUGGUAGCAGUGUUCGCGCUCUGCACAUGGUUUCUGUUUGACGCCCGCUUGAAUCGCGUUCAAAGAGAGUCUAUUGAGGCUGGUGGUGUGGAGAAGCCGGAACGACUUGAGACAGCAGAAGUAGAAGGAGAGCGAAAUAUACUUGGGCAAGGAAUCACGCAUGGAGGCACGAAAGAGGAAACAUCGUCGAUAUCCACCACCUCUCAUCACACAAGCACACUGACGAAAAGCACUGCAGUCGCGACACCUAGCACAUCGCUACCUGAUCGCGUCGUAGUGAUGGCUAAGCUUCCUACCGACGACACACGGUGGGUGCAUACCGACCUGGGAGACUGGCAAUCAGCUAUCUACGACAUUGACACAGAGACUCCGCACAAUGUGUCCACCCUGGAUCCGCUCACUAACAGCACUCUACGUACCCUUCGGAACAAGGGCAUGGAAGCAAAUGCAUACCUCGCAUACAUCGUACAAAAUUACGAUAGUCUUCCUUCAACGAUAGCGUUCAUCCAUCCACACAAAGACGGCUACCCCAUCGCCUGGCACACCGACAAUAACGAGCAUUCCAAUGUGGUCUCUCUGCAAACUCUCAACAUCAACUUUAUUCAGAGCAACGGAUACGCAAAUUUGCGUUGCGUCAACGAUCCUGGCUGUCCGCACGAAGUGAUGCCGUUCCGUGAUCCGCCUGAGGAGCAUCGAACAAUCGAAGCAGCGAUGCCAGAUGCGUGGCGAGAAUUGUUCAACAAUACGGAUGUACCGCACGUUCUGGCGACCCCUUGCUGUGCGCAAUUUGCUGUGUCGAGCAAGCAAGUGCAGAAGCGACCAUCGGACGUAUACAGAAAUUAUUACACGUGGUUGAUGCAAACUCCACUGAAGGAUGAAACAAGCGGACGUGUUUUUGAAUAUCUCUGGCAUAUUAUGUUUGGUCAGGAACCUGUUUAG